AUGUCCCAGCGAGCAGAUGCCUCCCAGUGUGGCGGGGUUGUGGUUGAGUUUGAGUCCGAUGACAUCAGGGAUGCCAGAGCUAACAAAGCUAGGAGUAUACCAGGUUCAGCUCUUAUCUACCUCAAGGGUCCCAAGUUUCUCAUCUAUGUCAGUGGAGCGUUGUCAAUGUGGGGCGACCGCAUGUGGCACUUUGCAAUUUCUGUGUUCCUGAUAGAGCUGUACGGCCGUAACCUGCUGUUGACUGCGGUGUUUGGGUUGGUAGUGGCUGGGUCAGUGCUCCUGCUAGGGGCUUUGAUUGGAGACUGGGUUGAUCGCAAUCCCAGGAAUAAAGUUGCACAUGCAUCUCUUUUCAUUCAGAACAUCUCAGUGACAGUGUGUAGCAUUGUGCUCAUGUUGGUGUUCUCCUAUAAGCAAAGGAUUGAACAGAUCUGGGAUGGAUGGCUUACUGUGGUUUGUUAUACGGUGGUGAUCGUCCUGGCAGAUGUGGCAAACCUUGCAAGCACAGCACUGACCAUUGCCAUUCAGAGGGACUGGAUUGUGGUUAUCACGGGCUACAACCGAGGUCACCUUGCUGGAAUGAAUGCGACCAUGAGGCGGAUAGAUCAGGUGACUAACAUCCUGGCCCCACUAGCAGUGGGACAGGUCAUGACCCUGGCCUCCAAUGUAGUUGGCUGUGGCUUUAUCCUGGGCUGGAACCUCGUCUCUCUCAUUGUGGAGUUUUUCUUCUUGUCACGGGUGUACCGCAUCGUUCCUGCUCUCUCAGUCAAACCACCAGCGGUGGAGGAGGAUCAGGUGUAUCUGCAGAGGGUGGAGAGGAGAAUAUCACAAGGCGAAGGUAAUGUUGCACAACCUCAACCUCUGACCGAAGGUAACUGCAACACAAGCCUGCACCUAAAAGAAAUCACCAACCUGCCGCUGUGUUUCCGGAGGUUUCGCUGGCUGGUAAGCACCUGCAAGGACGGCUGGAGGGCCUACUAUCGCCAGCCUGUCUUCCUGGCAGGAAUGGGCCUGGCUUUCCUCUACACCACUGUGCUGGGCUUUGACUGCAUCACCACUGGGUAUGCCUACACUCAGGGCAUAAGCGGCUCUCUCCUUAGUCUGCUGAUGGGUGUAUCGGCUAUCACAGGGCUGAUGGGCACUGUGAUGUUCACUAGACUACGGAAGAGCUAUGGCCUGGUUAACACAGGCAUCAUCUCAAGCUGCCUCCACCUAGGCUGCUUGCUGCUCUGUGUGUGCUCUGUGUUUGCCCCUGGCAGCCCUAUGGAUCUUAGCUUGCUGAUGCCCUACAUUACCUCCAAUUCCUCCACUGAGCUUGGAGGUAUGGCAAGCCAAAGGCAAAAACACACUUAUCCUCUGAGGGGAGGCAGCAAUCAGCCGCUGCUACCCGACCGCUCCUCCAUCCACUGGACCAACAACACUGUGCUCUUUGACAACGUGCCCUCUGACACAGCGCCAGAAUCGUACAUCUCCAUCAUCCUCCUGUUCUUGGGUGUCAUCACAGCACGCAUUGGUCUCUGGUCCUUCGACUUGACGGUGACCCAGCUCCUGCAGGAGAACAUCUGUGAGUCAGAGAGAGGUGUGGUAAACGGGGUGCAAAGCUCUAUGAAUUAUCUGAUGGAUCUGCUUCACUUCAUAAUGGUGAUCUCCGCUCCACAGCCACAGCACUUUGGCAUCCUAGUUAUCAUUUCUGUCUUAUUCAUCACCACCGGGCACACUAUGUACUUCCUGUAUGCACACAAAGCCAAGAGAAAACGCCGCCUCGACACAUAA